AUGCUGCCCUUCCUGCGCAUGCUCCUGCCCAAGAGGGAGGAAAAGCUAACCGAGGAAAAGGAGCUGUGGAAGGAACUCUACUACUCGCUCAGCAAGAGACAGCCAUCUGCCCAGUCCAUCCAAAAUGCACCAUUGCCCGUCGUGGGCUGGAAGUGGCUCUACUUGGGGCGCCUUAAAACGGACUAUGGCAAGCCGCCCCACGUGACCGUGUACAACCCCAGCCACUUCGCUCGCAAACACUACGAGGAUCAAAACUCUGAUGAUCACGCGGACCCCUUGAAAGAGGACUUCAGCGAGAUGAACCGUGGUCUGGGCGGAAUUGGAUGUCUGGGUGUGUAUGCUGAGAAAGACAUUCUCAUCGGAGGGACCAUGCGUGGCAAGAUGCUCGCGAUUGACAUUUCUACGGGAAAAUUGUUGAGAUGCAUUCCGGCCCACAAGCACACUUUGUCAUGCCUGAGCAUCAAUCAGAACCUGGCAGUCACAGGCUCGUGGGACACUACACUUCAGGUUUGGGAUCUCGACACGUAUAGCAGCCUGACAACGCUGACACGACCGGGCGAGAUCGGCUACAUUCGGUGCUGCCAAGUUGACAAGUCUCGAGGGCUCGUCGUGAGCGGAUCAAACGACAACAGCAUUAAGAUCUGGUAG